AAGCUUCUUCGAUAUAUGGAGGAACGCCGUUCUGUGACCAGACCAGUUAUGAUAGCUGGAAUGUUCUGUUUGAGUUCUUAACACACGCACGCACGCGCACACACGCACGCAAACACGCACAGUGCUAACUUGCUGUGAAGCUGACUCGGGAGUUUUAACUGUAACUGCGUCUCGAAGCUGAAGCGAUUCCAAUUCCCCGUUCCACCUUAAACGGUGCCGGGGCGCCAGAGUGUAGCUGCAGCACCACUUAAGGUGGACCGGAGAGUCGGACGCGGCAGCUCACCUCAGCCUCGCGCUCAUCCGCAACCUGUUGCUGCUGCUAGCGAACUCAGCUAGCCAGUUAGCCUGCAAGCUAACAGGAAACACUGGAUUUAAAGGUGGCCGCUGGCUAACCCCGCUAGCUGGUAGAUCAGUGCUGACCCGAGGAGCGGUUUACAGCCGGGGGCCCUGAAUAAGCCCCCCGUCCAGGUGGGCGCCCGUGGAGCGGCGGAGGAGCCGAAGCCCCGCGGCCGGUGCAGCUUCAGCGCAGGACCCUCUGAGCUGCUGUGAUACUGGAAUGGAAAAGCGAGACGAUGAAGUCGAAGAGCAGCAGCACAGCACAGCGGGCAGCGAUGGAGCCAACUCUGGAGGAAGUACGCCUCCAUCCAAACAUAAGGGCAAGUUCAACCUGGGUAAGAUCUUCAGACCCUGGAAAUGGAAGAAGAAGAAAGGCACCAGUGAGAAGUUCAAGGAGACGUCAGAAGUGCUGGAGAGGAAAAUCUCGAUGCGGAAGCCCAGACAGGAGCUGAUAGAGAAAGGAGUACUGAAGGAGAUCUCGGACAACGAGAGUAAUGAUGUGAAAGCUCCUUCAGUGAAGAACGGCCACACUGCGAGCAUCCCCGGGGACCGAGGGGCAGACCCGGGACCAGAGGUCAGGGGCCCGACCUGGCGGUCGCAGGGCGAGGACCGGAAGAGUACCCUGGCAGCCGACCCCGAUAGGCGCAGCCGGGUGCCGUCCGAUGUGACCCGUAACCGGCAGCCUCUUGACGUGGACAGCCGUGUGCGCAUGCCCUCGGACUCUGACCGCCGCAGCCGCCUCGAGUCAGACGGAGAGAAACGGACAUCGUCUUUACCGAGAGACAGAUACGGACAGGACGAGGGCAGAUACCGCGAUCGGAGAGAUGAAAACAGAGAAAGGAGGGAUGAGAGGGAGGACAGGGGAAGGAGGGAUGACCGAGAGGACAGAGAGAGACGGGACAAACGGGAAGAGCGGGACGUAAGAGGGGAGAGAGAUAAGAGAGACCGGAGAGACGAAAGGAUGGACAGGGAAGACAGGGAAAGGAGAGACAAAGAAGAGUGGGAGAGGAGAGAAGGAAGAGGGGACAGGGAUGACAGGAGAGAUGACCGAGACAGACGGGAUGACCGAGAAAGGAGAGAAGAGCGGGAGAGGAGAGAGGACAGAGAAAAAAAGGACAGACGAGACGAGCGAGAGAGGAGGCCUGAGAGCGAGUGGAGGGAUGACAGAGAAAGAAGAGAAGAGCGAGAGAGGAGAGAGGAGAAGGAGAGAUGGGAAGAGCGAGAGAGGAGAGAGGAACGGCUGAGGAGAGAGGAACGGGAGAGGAAGGAAGAGCGAGACAGGAAGGAGGGUAGAAGGCCGGACGUGACAAAGCAGGUUUCGGACAGCAAGGCGCUCAGGCCUCAUUCAGAGAUAGGCAUGAAGAGCAGUCUGCAGAAGAGCAGCUCUGAAGUGGGGCAGAAGGUCCGGCCGAUGUCCGAGGCCGACCAAAGGAGCACGCUUCCACGACCCAUGCCCUCCGAGGACGACCCCCGAGCUCGCACAGGGUCCGUUGGUGUGCGCUUUGCCCCCAUCCCUGAGCCUGACCUGGGACGUGUCCCCCCCAAGGAGCUGCAGCCCCCCCCUAAACAGGCCAUCCUCCCCCCUAGAUGGCUGAUGUCCCCCCCUUCCACAGAGUCUGGCCAUGCCUCAUCUUCCUCAUGUUCGUCAGCAUCAUCAGCGUCGUCUACGUCCUCUUCAUCCUCUGCCCCCCGCAUUGCUAAGCCCCCUCCCCGCACCAUCUCUCUGAUGGUAGAGGACUCGUCUCAACGAAGUCCUGUACCUGCAGUCAUGCCAGGAGGACAGGAUGCCCCGCCUGCUGUCCCUGCUCAUGCUGCCCCUUCUGUCCCCGCUGCCACUGCUAACCCUCCUGCCCCCGCUGCCACUGCUCCCCGUCCUGCCCCUGCUGCCAUUGCUAACCCUCCUGCCCCUGCUGCCACUGCUCCCCGUCCUGCCCCUGCUGCCAUUGCUAACCCUCCUGCCCCUGCUGCCACUGCUCCCCGUCCUGCCCCUGCUGCCACUGCUAACCCUCCUGCCCCUGCUGCCACUGCUAACCCUCCUGCCCCCGCUGCCAGUGCUCCCCGUCCUGGCCCUGCUGCCACUGUUACCCCUCCUGUCCCCACUGCCAAGGUCACCCCUCCAACCCCUGUUGCCCCCGUUGCUCCUGCUGCCCCUGCUGCCUCUAUUGCCCCGGCUCCCCCUGCCACCUCUAAGCAGCCCCCUGUGCCGCCUCCCAAACCCACCAACCGCAACAGCAACCCUACACUGCAAGCUGCGACGUUACACAGACGCACUAAAGCCCAGCCUCCUCCGUACUGGACCAGCUGGAGACAGCAGGCCGCCAACGGCGUCUUCCUCUCCCUGCCCAGCUAUCUGUGUCGCCGGGGCCCUCUGCCCUGCCCAGUGGAUCCCCCUCCAGCUCCUGGAGCCCCACACCCAGGUCCGGCUAAGCGUUCCCCCCCCAUUCCGCCAGCAAGGAUGACACCGGUCACUACUAAACGCCUCUCAGAGGACCUCUCGUCCAUUCAGCCUGAGCCGCCUGCCAGAGGCCCCUCCCCUGUUCCGCCCGCCACCCAACCAGAAGACAGUAAAAACCCUGUCUCCGCCCCUGGAAUGGUCUCUCCACCGCCCGUCCACAUCCCACCGUCUCCUCCACGCGCUCACCUGCCGGUCCCCAGCGUGGACCCCCCGAGCCCCACCACAGAGCCGCCCUCCCAGCCUCCUGCCAUCCCCCUGCACAUCCUGAUCCAGCGGGCACUGAACAGCCCUGGCCCGGUGGCACCGGCGCACGCAGACGGCUCUCACCGAGCUCACUCUCUGCUCUUCGAGAUGCCGCCGGAGGUUCUGGUCGAGACGAGCGGGCGCCGCUCGCUUCCGGUCACCAUCGAACCCCUCAGACUGCCAGAGGAUGAUGAUUUUGAUAUAGAGGAAGAGUUGGCGAAGCUGCAGCCGUCUCGGCCGUCCCGGCAGCCGGAGCUGGAGCCGCGGAGCAGACGGGGUUUGGUGGAGAACCCCAGCGUGACGGUCAUCCCCGAGAGCGGAGGAGAUGGAGACAGCGAGGAGGACGAGGAUAGCGACUCGGACGGGCCGAUCCACUACAGAGACGAUGCCGACGACAGCGAGGAGGAGGAUGUUCCGAUGACUGGUCUGGCGUCCCGUGUGAAGCGGAAGGACACGCUGGCUCUGAAGCUGGAGAAGCAGCAGGAGAAGGAAGAGCAGCAGAACCAGGAGAACACCACCUGGAAGAGCCGCGAGCAGUGGGAGGCUGUGCGCAGCAGGAUCGGCAGCACCCUCACACGGCGACUCAGUCAGAGGCCAACGCAACAGGAGCUCGAGCAGAGGAACAUUCUGCAAGCCAAGAACGAGGCGGACCGACGAGCGGAGCGGAGCGAGAUCAAACGCAGGCUCACGAGAAAGUUGUCCCAGAGGCCCACAGUAGCUGAGCUCCAGGCCAGGAAGAUCCUUCGGUUCCAUGAGUAUGUGGAGUCCACGCAUGCAGAAGACUACGACCGGCGCGCAGACAAACCCUGGACCAAACUCACCCCUGCUGAUAAGGCUGCCAUCAGAAAGGAGCUGAAUGAGUUUAAGAGUUCGGAGAUGGAGGUCCACGAGGACAGCAAGAUGUACACCAGGUUUCACCGGCCUUAGCUGACACCCCCGAGGAGAAGAGAGUGAGCUUGCAGAGCUGAGGAGCUUCAGGCUGGGGACCAGCAACCACACUGCUGACCGGCCUGGAACCCUACUGGACCAGAGACACGCUCUACCUGCACAGGAACAUGCUGAGGAACCUACACAAGCUGUUCAGGGCGCAUAUGUGUCUGCUAACUUUUUUAUUAUUACUAUUAGAGGAUCAGUGUGGAGUGCCAACCCACCAGGAACAAGGCUUCCAGUGGUUUCUGCUAAAGGAAUAGCUCAACCAAAGAUGCUAAUGUGGCUAACAGUGAAUAGAAGCUGGUAGCCACCAGUUAGCGUGAUGGCCUAAUGCUAACUGGAGGCUGUACGUUUCGUUUCCUGUUAGCUACAUUAACAUUUCUUCCUUUAAGUGGUGAGUUGGCGCGCAGACCCAGCAGCUUCACAGAGAGCUGCGCUAAUUAGUGGGACUCAGACUUCACGGUGCAGGUAGCGUCUUAUCCCACUGAGCUGGAUGCAACACGUAAACGGCCUUGUUUCCUUUUUAGAUUAUGCAGAAACGUCUUUUUGAUAUCAGGAAUAUACAUAUUUGUUCACAAGUGAUUGCUUUUAUGAUGAUGAUGAUGAUGAUGAUGACACUGUGAUCUUCAUACUGAGAACAAAAAUGUGACGGUGGCACCAGAGCCUGAUUGUGUGAGAGUGGAAGAGCGAGAGCGCCAUGCUGUUCACCUCUGCCUUAAUAACAGACCCUGAGGGAGAAAUUCAGAGACCAUUUAUUUCGCUUCCUGUCAAAACGGCAAACGACAACAAGUUGUUCAUUUUUCUCACGUUUAACAUCAGCAGCUCACUGUCUGCUUACUGUCCUCUCAGCUGUCCAGUCAGCGAGUCUCUCUCUCCCUUCACUCCAGCUUCCGUUCUUCUCAGGAGCCUCACUUUCAGCUCCUCAGAGAACCUGCAGACACGCCUCCAAAGCUCAGUCUGAGAAGCUGGUUGAUGAUCAAACCCAUU